GGAGCAUAAGAAGCCUCGCCGAGGGCCGCGGGACAGAAGAGCAAAGUCGAGAUGAAGACGACCACGUUGCUGCUGCUGUUCCUGUGCGUGAGCGGCACCGCCUCGCAGGGCAACCUGGACUACGACGAUUACGGCUCGGACGCAAAGACCUCGCCCAAGACCAACGCAACAGAGGAGACGGGACCGGACGCCCGCGGCCACCGCCCUCUGGUUCACGGCCACGACCACUACAACCCCAACCGCUACACGCCGCCCCCCCUGGGCGGCGGCGGCAGGUAUCGAGGACGCCCCGCCGCCGCGUCCAAGGAACACGAGGUGCCCGAAGAGAAAAAGGUGCACCCCGAGUCGGGGGGAUGUUCGUACGGCGCCGCAGAACUGGGAGUGCUGUGCCCGACCGGCUGCGAGCUCAAGACGGCGCUGCUCAAGCAGGAGAGGAGCGUCGCCUCGAGCAUCAAGGAGCUGACGCCGCUGGUGCUGGAAUUGUCGCGCUCAUCCAACGUCGUCUACAACUUCGCCACCGAAAUGUCCUCUUCCCUGACCGAGCGCCAGCGACUCAUCGGAGACAACGGACGGGUGGUCGGUCAGUUCACGGCUCAAGUGGAGGACCAGCACGCCUUCAUCAAGGAGACGGUCGACACCGUCUUCCCUUCCACCGUUCGGGUCCUGCAGGGCAUCGUGGACAAGGUUCGGCUGAAGAUCGAGAAGCUGGAGAAGGCCCUCCAGACGCAGAGGGAGGAGUGCAAGGAGCCGUGCCAGACCAAAUGCCCCAUCCCCGUGGUGACCGGAAAGGAGUGCGAGGACAUCUACCGCCGUGGCGGGAAAGACUCGCAGAUGUACCUGAUCCAACCGGACCCCCUGCAGCCCCCGUACAAAGUCUUCUGCGACCAAAGCUCCCGAAAUGGAGGUUGGCUCCUUAUCCAAAACCGACUGGACGGCAGCGUGGACUUCGGCCGACGCUGGGACGAGUACCGACGUGGAUUUGGAAACAUCGCGCUGGACACGGGCAAGGGUCACUGCGAGACCCCAGGUGAAUACUGGCUGGGAAACGAGCGCAUCAGUCACUUGACCAACAUGGGCCCGACGGAACUCCUCAUCGAGAUGCAGGACUGGACGGGCGCGAAGGUCCACGCCCAGUACGGCCACUUCACCACGAAGUCCGAGUCGUCCAAUUACGUGCUGACGGUGAGCGAUUACUCGGGCAACGCCGGGAACUGCCUCCUGGACGGCGCGCUGGAGCUGUUUGGGGAAAACCGCACCAUGACCAAACACCACGGCGCCAUGUUCAGCACCUACGACAGAGACAAUGACAACUGGAGCCCCGGUGACCCCUCCAAGCAGUGCUCCAGAGAGGACGGCGGCGGCUGGUGGUACAACCGCUGCCACUCGGCCAAUCCCAACGGCCGCUACUACCUGGGCGGAGCCUACACGAAGCAGAUGGCCAAGCACGGCACAGAUGACGGCGUGGUGUGGAUGAACUGGAAGGGCAGCUGGUACUCGCUCAAGGCCAUCAGCAUGAAGAUACGACCCGUCUUCACCCCCUGAUACCCGACGACGACGACGACAAAAAAAAAAAAAAAAAACAAAAUAAAUUGUCAUACUU